AUGGAUAGGCCAGACCGCGGCAGGCGCGGAGCUGAACAUCCGCCUGGCAAAUUCGAGAUCAAGACGAUCGCCAUCAACAUCAGCAUCAAGGUUCCGCGUCGAAAGUUUACCUUGAUAACCAUCUCGUUCCUCCUUAAUGUUCUGCUCUGGAGCUCUCUCAUAUGUCUUGGUAUUUCAAUCUACCAGGUCGCAUCGGAUCCCAAAGACACAAACAACAUUGCGCCGGUGGUGCUAACAUCGACCUCCGCUCUUGUAACGAUAGCAUACACCUUCUUUCAUACCAUCAUUUCACUCAAGCAACGCAUAUGGACGCAUCAACGACGACAUCCAUCCGCUGUCGAGAAGACUGACUAUGUCGCCAUUCGCACGGUAGUCUCCUUGUGCGUCCUCUGGCUUUUGACGUCUGGUUGGAACAUGAUCAUUGUCGCUCGCAGGCCAAUAUGCCUACCCGAGGGACCCGAGGGACCAGGAGCUCAAAGAUGGGAAAUUGGGUCGACCUGUCAAGUCAGCCGUAUAGACAUGUCGUUCGCCAUGAUCGCGCUCAUUGCGUCGUGUACCUUAUUCGGUGUACUCGGUGCGGUUAGACGUCCUUUCGAAGCACACCUAUUCAAGCACGGUUACGAACAACCGGUGGAUUAUUAUUCAACACCAUGUGUUUCCCGAAGAGGCUCCCCAGUACGGCCUAUAUCCUAUGCUUCGGAUAAGCAACUUCAUCGACGAGGCAGGUCCGUAUCCACCUGGAGAAGCAACGCGUCCAUAUUCUCGAACACGGAUGUUGACACGCUGGAUUUGAAUUAUGGUCCACCGCCAUCGACUAUUCACGCUCCUUCUCCAGUCCGCUCAUUAGGGCUGGGAAUCUUCACCUCGAAUGCUACUCCACCUCCAAUUCCAUCUGCAUAUGCCGCUCCAAUGCGGACCUCGUCGUUUGAGACACUACCAACUGGCUUUCACCCUUCCGUAUCCCAGCACUCACUAUCACGUCCGCCACUCAUGUCAGGCCUCGUGUCAACAUCCGGAUUUGUGCCAUUAUCAAUACCCGCACAGUAUUCAGCCUCUGCAUGGCGGGCUGUUCACCCGGCUAGUCCUGUCCCGUUAGGUCCUGCCUCACGCUCGCAAACACAUCUUCCUAGCACAGGGUUCUUGUACCGCAACCGCUUCUCACGCUCGUCGGUAUCUCUUACGCGGCCUCGCCGUCUCAGCUAUACAACACCAGUGGGCAGCGUAGCUUGGAGUUCAAGAAGUGGAUCCACAGGACCUGAGGGCCGAGACAGCCCAUUAUCCGGCGAUGAUGGUGCAUUCAUACGCGGAAUGAGUCCUGUCAAAAGCCUUAAUGCUGGCGGCCAUGUGCGUACAGCCAGUGCGCCAGACGCCAUGGCCGGUGCUCAAGAACCCGGGGCUGUCGAGCGCAUGGCUAUGGGGUGGAAGCCGCAACUCGCAAGGCCAAAUGCAAGUCAAACCGAAAGCGAGACUCAAGAACCACCUCCGCAAACUAUAUCAGAGAGCCACUCUGUGCCGGUCAAGCUAGUCAAGCUUGUGCAGAGCAAAUCGGCAAACUUUCUGAGUCGGUUCAGCCCGGACACGAGUCCAGAUGACAACGUGAAGAAACCGCACGAAGAGCUUGAGAAGGAGCUUGUUGCCAGAUCAAGCAUUGCAUCAUCACCGCCGCCUCGACGAUCAAGAUCUGCGGAUCCGAUGAGGCAUUCUAGUAAUCCUGCCGAUGCGGCUGCGACGAUGCUGAGCAAGAUGCCGCAGGACCUUAGGCUACCUAAGAGUAGGGUGUCGAGCGCUGAGGAAACAAGUCAGAGGGUGAUGACGUUUGAGGAGGUGAAGAACAAACCACUGCCGAAGAUUGCGGUGUUGUGAUACCUCUUUUAAGCUCCCUCUCUCUCCUCUCCAUUACAUGUAUUCAUUCUUGUUGUUCGACUCGGAUUGCGAACCGACUGAAUACUCAUGAUUACAAUCAAGCUUUAGAUAAGCAUUUUUCUUGUUGUUAGGGUAGAUAACAUCUGGUACCUCAUUCAAUGGAUGGAGGAGGUUUGUGCAUCGGGAAGUAAGCGUGCUAGUUAGUUAGUGCAUGAGUAAUCUUAUUUUAUAUCCACCGCUCGAUUGCGACGCACGAAGCAGGAC